AUGUUCUUCUCAACCAUCCUGGAGGCCCUCAACUAUCAUGCCUCUGAAACACCUGAAAAGAUUCUGUUCACGUGGGUCGAUAUCAAGUGCAAGGAGCAAAACAAAAUGACAUUCAGGCAACUAGAAGAUGAAUCCAAUGCUGUGGCAGCUCGUCUUCUCAAGUUGGGUUGCUCGAAGGGAGAUAGAGUCAUGGUGGCCUAUCCCUUUGGCCUGGAGUUCUUGGCAGGCAUGUUUGGUGCCAUGAAGAUUGGGGUCAUUCCCUGUUCCAUCUAUCCACCUAAUCCCAAUCAGCUCAAAACUGAAAUGCCCAAAUUCCGUGGUUUUGCUGAGGAUGCUGGAGCCAAGUAUGCUCUAACUUCUACAGCAUUUGCCACGGCCAUGACCGCCGUGAGUGUCCUCUACAAAACUGGUGUCAAGUGGAUCGGAACCGACAAUUUACAAGUCAAGAAGCGCAACGCAAACAAACAGAAAGCCUAUGAGACUUAUGUGGGGGCACCAGAAGACAUCUGCUUCAUCCAAUACACAUCCGGUAGUACUGGUCGCCCAAAAGGAGUCAUGAUCGGUCACCACAAUCUUGUGGAAAAUAUUCGUGGUAUUUCGUGCAUGUCAGAUACUGACGUACUCAGUUCAACUGUUGCAGCCCUGUGGGUUCCUCAAUAUCAUGACAUGGGGCUUGUGGCUGGGUUCAUGUCAACUGUAUAUGGAGGUAUUCAUCUUGUCAUGGCAUCACCACUGGAUUUUGUGUCCAAUCCUCUACUCUGGAGUGAUAUGGUUGAGACCUACAAGGCCACCCUUACCUGUGCCCCCAACUUUGCCUAUGCCUUGCUCCUCAAGAGGUUGCAACAGGCCAACCGAACAGCUGACUGGAGUUGUGUAAAGCGAGCCAUGUUUGGUGGUGAGCCUUCUCAAAGUCACAUUGUGGAAGCAGUUUCAAAGACUCUAAACAUCAAUCAACAGCAUAUCUACAACAUUUAUGGAAUGGCUGAGUCUGUGGUGUUUCUUACUGGCGGACCAGCCAAUGCCGAGGCUGAAGGCCUGGUUUCUUGUGCCGGAUACUAUGGCCAGUCUGAGUUAACCACCGCUACCUUUGCCAAUGCUUUGCCCAGCUAUGAUGGGACCUGGCUUGACACUGGUGAUUUGGGCAAGAUUGUGGAUGGGCAGCUCUAUGUCACUGGACGCGUGAAAGAUGUUAUCAUUAUCAAUGGCAAGAACUACUACCCAACUGAUUUGGAGCUGUCUAUCGAUGAUCUCUUUGGUGAUGUCAUCCGUCCAGGUAGGACCACUGCCUUUCAGUAUGGUGAUGAUAGUAUCGGCAUCACUGUCGAAGGCCGCAAGCAAUUUGAUGAAUUGGAAAAUAAAGAUUUGGCUGUCCACAUAGCCAACCAUGCAUCUCAGGUGCACGGGUUGCUUGCUGUUAAGGUUGUUGUUCUCAAGCUUGGUGUGACACCAAAAACCACCUCUGGCAAGCUGAAGAGGAGCGAGAUCAGGAAGACUACUAUUGCAAGUGACUGGAAGGAAUCAUCUGUGUUAUUGCAAUUCCAGCGCGAAGAGACAAUUGUUCCUCUACUGAAAACGAAAAGAGCUUCUUUUCUUGAGAACUCUUUUUCAAAUCAAGGUAUUCCCAGCAGCGAGUUUUAUCUGUCCAAAGGAACUCAACGUGAAAUCAAGCGCAGGUCAAUGACUUUGCUUGACUUGAAAUCGAUGAGAACCAUGAUGGACAGUAUUGAAGACCCUUCUCACUUUGAGGAAUAUGAUGAAAAGCCGCUGCAUGUUGCUGUUGUGGGAGCUGGGGCUGCUGGUCUCAUUGCAGCACUCAGGUUAGCUCAACGAAACAUCAAAGUCACACUGCUUGAAUGCAAUGAGCAAAUUGGUGGACAUGCAAGACACGUGGAAGUUUUUGGGCAUGAACGCAAUCCCGCUUUUGGAGUGUUCAUUGCAGGGGAAUCACCAAACCUAAUGGCUCUGGCAGAGGAGCUUGGGGUGGCACCAAUUCCUCUUGGCGAGUCAAGGCAAGCACGCGGGUUGGUUUCCCAAAAGUCCCAGCCUAUUCCUGAGGUUCCACUUUCGGAGAUCAGCCGCUUCAUAGCUGAAAUGCAACGAAUUCACAAGGCUGGCUCUGGUCAGAAUGAGACAAUUGGUGAAUUCCUGGACCAGAAUGGAUAUGAUCAGCACUUCAUCGUGUACUUUUAUGUUGGCAGAAUUGUCAGCUUUUUUGCUGGGCAGUCCAUUCAAGACUACCUCAAUAUUCCAUUGGAGCUGGUUGCUUGGUUUGUUAUAAUUGGUUUUGCCAAGAACAGGGCCUUCCUCCGAAUGAGCAACAGAGAAUACAUGGAGGCAUUUUGGGUGCAGUUGCAAAGCCUCAGUGUUGAAAUCAAGACAAAUGUGACUACCAAGGUGUUGGGUCGUGCUGAUUCUGGAGUCACACUCAGCACAAGCUGCUGUGGUAAAGAAGAUGUUCUGCUAGUUGACAAGCUUGUCUUGGCAGUUCCACCAAAUGCUGCUGCCCAUGUCCUUGAAAAUUCCAUGUCACCACAAGAGAAUGUUCUGACUGAAUUUGAUUGCCCCUUGGAGACAGUUGUGAUGCACACAGAUUCAAAUUGGAUUGACAGCAAGAAACCAUGUGUGCUGUUUGCCAAUAUUCUGGAUUGGGGCAAAUCAAGUUUGCCUGCAGCUUCUGACACCAUUCCUUUGACGACAUCAUUCCCAAGUGACACAGAUGGCAAAACGCCAAUUUAUGUUACACAUGCCUAUAACACAUACGAAGAGCUUGAGUUUGAUUCUCCAGUGGAGACGAUGUCAUUUACUCAUACCCGAAUUACCUGCAAGGCCAUUGAGCUCCGAAACUCUUUGUUGCAGCAUCAAGGGAAUGAUUCUACCUAUUUUGCUGGUGGAUGGACACGAGGGACAAUGCUACAUGAGGACGCCAUUGUUAGUGGAAUCCUGGCAUCCAACUCUGUGCUACAGGAUGUUGGCAUGAAGCCACACCCUGUGCUCGAGCGAGAGACUAUUGUUCCAUCAAAUCGCUUGAGUGAAAGUGGAGGAGCUGAUCAUGGACAGUCCGACAUUCAAGCACCAAACAAGGAUGGCUUGUCAAGCAGAUACUCAGAUAUAAUUAUGUCUGUUUUUGGGUCAGAGGUUGACUCCUCCAAGACAUGGACAGAGAAUGGGCUCACAUCCCUAAAGAGUGCUGAGUUUAGGAACAAGGUUGAGGAAGAGCUACUUGUAGUCCUUCCAUCAAACUUUGAACAGCUCUAUCCAACACCUGAGGCACUUUCAGUCUUUUUGGCAUCCUCAGAGGGCAAGGGCUUUCCCAUUGAUCAAGUUUGUGCUCAUGCAGACUUUCUUUUUAACACAUCAAGAUCAAAGCUGAGCAACCUACAACUCUGCAUCCUUCAGACUCUUGGAUUCAUUCUGAUUCUUCUUUUGCCAUUGAUGUCACUUGUUCCAUCAUAUUUUCUUGUCUCCUGGAUAAUGGAUAAUUGUGGCUCAGGAAAAGUUGGAGAGUGUAAUGGCCCAUUAGUUUGGACUCUCUUGCCUAUGGCUUUCCCUCUGUUCAUCCUUUCCUUCUCCAGCUUCGUGGUAUUCUUGAAGUAUGCUAUUGUUGGGAAGUACAGACACCAACAAUUUGAGAUCCUAUCAUGGGAUUAUCUUCGCUGGUGGUUCAUGGACAGGCUCAUUGAAGUCUGGGAGUCUAUUGUGGGACAAUUCUUUGUUGAGACAAAGUACAUUUGGAUCUUCUACUGGCUGCUUGGAGCAGACUUGGCUUGGUCCUCCAAGAUUGAGUCAUACAUCCGUGAAUGUGAUCUGGUCAAAGUGGGGGAAAAUGCCACUAUUGGGUAUCCCAUCAAGUGCAGGAAGUUCUCUCACUCUGAAGAAUCAAGCCCCACAAUCACCUUCCGCCCAAUUGUUGUUGGAAGCAGCAGCAAUGUGUCUGGCAUGAUCAGCCCUGGAGCCAAUAUCGGAGAUGGAAGCAAAGUCGAGAAAUUGUCUGUUGUUGAAGAGGGUGCUCAGGUUCCAGAAGCUGUACUUGCAAGGGGGAACCCAGCAUACAAUGCUGGCACAACCAGUCAUCAAGAAUCAAGCUCUUUUGAAGAAUCUAUGUUUGAUUUCUUCAAAGUAGCUUGGAUAAGCAUUGAAGCCUAUCACUUCUUUUCCCUGUCCUAUUUGGUCCAUAUCACACUCAACCAAAUCUUGCCCAGUUGGCGCUAUGAAGUUAUCCUUCAUUGGAUCUUGCUUUUUCCAGCCUCCUCUUUCCUUGCCCUCCUGACAAGCCUUAUUCUCAAGUGGACGCUAAUUGGAAGAAGGGAUCCAUCAGAUCAAUAUGAAGCAUCACUCUAUCAUCGAGCAACCAACUGGGCCUGUGAUUUCCACUUCCGUGUGGCUUCUUGGACACUGACUCCCUUCUUUGGCCAGUCCAGACUCUGGAACAUCAUCCUUUUCCUCCAUGGGCUUGAUGUUGAUAUGGAUUCAAUCCUCAACAACCCAUACAUCAUCUUCUUCCCCUCCAAGGUUGAUUUUGUGAAGAUCCGGAAAUCAUUUGUUGGCACAAUUACCCUGGAUAUGACCACUCCAGCAGACUCAAAGAUUGAACUCAAUACUAACAGCAGUGUUGGAUACGGUGUCAAUGUUCAUGCUGGUGUCAAAGUGAUGCGAUCAACAAUCCCUCCAAGGUCCAAUGUUUCUGAUAGUGUCUAUGAUUUGAAUCAUUCGGGCAAGGCAUGGAAGCCCAGCAGUUCUGUCUUGCUCCUUCCAGAAGAAACACAGCUUCUAUUGAAUGUUGCCAUUUUUGUGUCACUCAUACCAGCCUUUGAGAUUGGCAUUGCUGCUUUGAUGAGCUCCUCCACAGCCAUCACCAUGUUUGGGUUGACGGGAGCCAUUUCCCUGCAGCUAUUUGUUUGGAUCCUUUUGACAAGAGCAGUUGAGAGCCUGAUGCUGAGACUGCCUCACAGUGUUCAGCAAGAUGUUUUUGGAAUAUACAUCAACAAUGUAUGGAUGUUUGGAGUUGGGAACUGGCUUGUAAUCCUUCUCUGUGGUACACCCAUGUUUGCCUACUAUGCUCGAUUCAUGCGGGCUGAUGUGGAUGGAGACCUCUGGUACUUUGGAAAUUCUCUGUAUGAGUAUGGUAAACUGCACUUUCAAGGUUGUGUCAUUAUUGAUAGUGCCCAUGUUAGUGGGCACUACAUUGAUGGCAAUGGGCUUGCCCUUGCUGACACAUAUGUAUCUGGAUUGUUGCAUCCAGGAUGCUAUGCCUCUGCUGGGUCUGUAGUCACUGGAAAAGAGAAUGGUCCUUGGAAAGUUUUCUUGAGAAGUGAUUUGGGAAAGCAGGAUUUGAAACGUGGUCUGAAAGAGAAACACCAGGAUAGCAUGGACAAUCUGAUUGACAGUCCCCAGGAUGAUCUCAUGGAUGAGCUGCCCAAUGAGAUUGAAGUUUAGUACAUCUAUAUUUUAAAAAGUCUAUAAAAGAAA